UGAUAGCUAAAAUUUUAAUUCGAAAAUAUAUAUUGUAUCAAUAUAUUAUUAUUAUUAUUAUUAUUAUUAUUCAUAUUAUCCUUAUUUAUGUUAACAUAUUUAUAUUAACAUAUUAUAACUGCAAAAUUUUAGUUAUUUUUAUGACGGUGAAAAACAAAAGGUCAAUGGAAAAAAAGGAAAUAUCAAUUUUGGUAAAAGGAAUAUAUUUCAAAAAAGGAAAUAUCUAAUUUACGGUUCAAAAAAGGAAAAAUAAAUCACGAAGAUUGAGUAGUGAAUCUGUUUAUUAUAAAUAAGACACUAAGCUCUUAGGAUCAUCAUCAUACGAUUAAGAGAUCUAAUCAAAUUGUUCUGACGAAUCCUUGUGUCAAACUUCUUUUUAUUGACUUUGUUUGGUCACGCCUCGGCUCUCUCUCGCCCUUUCCACUUCAAACUUGCUUCGAAACACUUUUUGUAACCAUGGAUUCUCAAACGAGACCUAAGAAUCCUGGUACUACUCACCCUAAACCCCACGGUGUCCCCGCUUCGACCGUCCGUGGACAGAAGAGAGGUUCCAGAAGCUACGCCGACGUUGAUCCUAAUAACUUGCCCGUCAAGAAACCGAGGACGAUGGUUAGCCCUCACCAAACCGGUAACAAAAUCGCGGAACCGAGAACUCGGAGGCUCUCUAGACAAUUCUGGAAAGCAGGAGACGACAAAGAAGACGAGCGUCCGCCUCGCAACUGCGGCAACGACGCGGCGAUUAAAGUUCACCCUCAGUUUCUUCACGCCAACGCCACCAGCCACAAGUGGGCGCUCGGAGCCUUCGCCGAGCUCUUGGACAACUCUCUAGACGAGGCGUGUAACGGUGCGACAUACGUUCACGUGGACUCAACGACGAAUCAAAAGGACGGUAAGAGCAGCAUGCUCAUAGUUCAAGACAACGGGGGCGGGAUGGAUCCGAACAGGUUUAGAGAGUGUCUCUCUUUAGGUUAUUCAAGAAAACGUAACGUGGCUAACACGGUUGGUCAAUACGGUAACGGGUUCAAGACUAGUACGAUGAGACUUGGCGCUGACGCAAUCGUCUUCACGCGUUCUAGAGGAGCCAACUCUGGUAACACGACGCAGAGCGUUGGUAUGUUGUCGUAUACUUACCUCUACGAGACGAGGAAGAGCGAAGCCGUGGUCCCCACGGUGGACUUUGAGCUGGUGGAUAACAACUGGGUUGCGUUGACGCACGGCGAUAGAGAUAAGUGGUUUGAUAACCUAGAGACUAUAGUGAAGUGGUCUCCUUAUGUCUCUCAACAAGCUAUGUUCGACCAGUUUGAUUUACUUGAGGAGCAAGGUACUCAAAUCGUUAUUUAUAAUCUAUGGGAUGAUGAUGAAGGGAAGCUGGAGCUUGAUUUCGACACUGAUGGUCACGAUAUUCAACUCAGAGGUGUGAAUAGAGAUGAGAAGAAGAUAGAGAUGGCUAAAGCUUACCCUAACUCGAGGCACUUCUUGACUUAUCGUCACUCUCUACGCAGCUAUGCGUCGAUAUUGUAUCUCAGACUUCCACCAAACUUCAGAAUCAUACUCCGCGGCAAAGAAGUGGAGCAUCACAGCUUGUUGGAGAACAUGAUGAUGACCGAAGACAUAACGUAUAGGCCUGUGGCUUCUCCGGAGUUGUCAUCAGAUGAAGACAUGGUUGCUGCUCUAAAGAUUGGUUUUGUGAAAGAUGCUCAUCAUCACAUUGACAUACAAGGGUUCAAUGUCUACCACAAGAACCGGCUUAUCAAGCCCUUUUGGAGGGUUUGGAACGCUGCUGGAAGCGAUGGACGCGGUGUGAUUGGUUUGCUUGAAGCUAACUUUAUACAGCCAGCUCACAACAAGCAAGGGUUUGAGAGGACCGCUCUUCUUGCUAGAGUUGAGAACAGGUUGAACAAGUAUCAGAAGACUUAUUGGUCUAAGAGGUGUCAUGAGAUUGGGUAUGCUCCAAGGAGGAUUCAGAAGAAUCAUGAAAGUGGUGUCACUGAAGCUCCUACUAGUGCAGAUCCAGCUCAGUGCAGGCCAAAUAGAAACUCUCAGAAGGAGACUACACAACCAAGUGUUGCUAACAGAACGCAUGAGAUUGGGCUUAAGAACAGGACUAAUGGGCUUGGGGUGAGUUGCAAGGAAACAAGGUUAGUUCAUCAAGCAGCUGAGUUUCAGAAGCAGAAGGCACAGCUUGAGCCGCAAGUCAGACAUCCAAAAGCUAGGGUUCAAGAAUUGGAGAAGAGACAGAAAGCACAGCUUGAGGAGAAGACAAGAAAUUUAAAAAAUGUAGAGACAAAACAGGUGGCUGAGUUGCAGAGACAGAAGAGACAGCUUGAGCUGCAACUCAGACAGUCAAAAUCCAAGGUUCAAGAUUUGGAGAAGAGGCCCAAGGUCAAAGAUUAUGAGUCAGCAAAACUUGUGGUUGAGCUGCAGAGACAGAAGGGACAGCUUGAGUUGCAAAUCAAGCAGUCACAGUAUAAAAUUCAAGAUUUGGAGAAGAGGCACAAGGUCAAAGAGGAUGAUCUCCAGAGACAGAAAGCCUGUCUUGAGUUAUCAAAGUCUGUAGUCCAAGACUUGGAGGAUUCACUCAAGGUGAAAGAUGUUGAAUCAUCAAAACUGGUGGAGGAGUUACAUGAACAUAAAGCUAAGAUCCAGGAUUUGGAGGAAUCUCAAAAGGUUGUAGAUGAAUUGGUGGUAGAGCUGCAGAGAGAUAGAGGGUUGCUUGAGUCACAACUCAAGGUGUCACAAGCAAAGAACCAAGAGUUUGAAAAGUCGCAGAAGGCAGUGAUGGAUGUAUUUCAAGAAGAAAGAGGCCGCAGAGAUGUGACAGAGGAUGCAUUGAGGAAGAAACUACGAGGAGCCUAUGAUGUCAUGGACACGCUAAAAAUGAAAGUGAAUGCCCUUGAAGCGGACCAAGCAUUUUGUAAGAAGGUUCACAUGCACAUGCUUUAAUUACAGCUUCUAAAACUCUUUUACAAGACUGUACAUUCAUUUGAGUCAGGAAGACCACAGUUUAUAUUCUUACAAGACAUGUUUAAAAAAUUUAUGUGGUAGUUUUGAAGCUUAAAUUCAUUUAUAACAUUGAUCCAGUUACACUGUUUUUUGUUGAAGCCGGAAAACCGGAUCAAAAGAAACGAUAUAAUAUAUACGAUGUUAAAGAAAAUAUAUAGACAAUUCGAAACCUAACGAAAACGAAACCAUGGAGUCGAGACGAAUCUCUUUCCUUAACUCUUAAUAUUCACUCUGUUAGUGCGACAGAUCUCUACGAAUAGGAGUCCCAGAAUAAAACCACGAUAGGUUAUCAUGCGGCAUUCGUGAAGAACCUCUAACGAACUAAUAUUUCUACGAAACACUCUCUAGACUUACGAUAUAGGAUUUGCUGGUUUUGGUUGUGAAAAACGUUAAGAAAUGAAGAAGAGAAGAGGCGAUAUUUAAAGAGACGGAGACAACCCACUUCCCGCAACAGUUGCUGCACAUGAGCGAAAAUCUCGCGGAGAUCGAGGGAAGUUGAGUUGCAAAACUUAUUCCCCAAGACUCUCUCUUAUCCCGUUUAAAAAUUUUUUAGAGGAUAAACUGCAUGACAUUUUUAUUUUCUAGACAAACUGCUUGUCGUUUCAAAAUAAAAUGCAUGUUGUUUUUGAGAAUUUAAAUGGAAAAAUGUUGAUCUUAACUUGGUCCAAAAAGAAUAUUCUUAUUGGGCCGGAGACCCUCCACCAAGACCCAAGACCCAAGACCCAAGCCCAAGACCCAAGACCCAAGCCCAAGACCCAAACCCAAGCCCAAGCCCAAGCCCAAGCCCAAGCCCACGCUUAUGCCGAGCCGAGCCGGCCGGACGGCGGCGGCGCGUGCGCGUGGGGGCUAUCCUCUCUCUCUGAGCCGUUUAAACAAGGUUAAGUAAGUGCACAUAUAUAUACAACUCAUUCUUUUUGUUUCUCCCCGAUGUGGGACUUCUUCAUAAUGUCAUUUUGACAUUUCAAGUAUGAUGGGCUUGUCUAAUUAUGUAGCCCAUUACAUUUCUUUUCACACAACUUUAAUCAAUGUUCUUUAAGCCAAUGUGCUUGAGAAUUUGAUCCAACAAUCCCCCACAUGAAUAGAAAUGACUCUUCUAAACAUAUGCAGACUAAAUGCAGACUCGAUAGACUAUAAAAAACUAUACUUAUUCUAAUCCUGACUAUACUAGACAAACUUAUCGAGAG